AUGAAAUUCUCUACCCUCAUAUCUGACUUCUUUAUCAUGGCCUUGGUGAUGUUUCUAACAAUUAUUACCAUGUCUGAAUCUGCACCCUUGCCCGACGAAGUCAUUGAGCCGAGAGUUUGUGGCGUCGGUUGCAAUGGUAGACAAUCAAGUUAUGCUCGUCCACAGUCAGGUUCUGGCGCAUCCUACUAA